UCAAUGCGGUUCAACAAUCGAUUCCAGCAGUACAUGAACCAUCGAGCCCCAGCCAAUGGCCGCUACAAACCAACUUGUUAUGAACGUGCUGCUAACUGCUACACACAUGCAUUCCUCAUUGUUCCGGCCAUCGUGGGCAGUGCCCUCCUGCAUCGGCUGUCGGAGGACUGCUGGGAAAAGAUAACCGCACGGAUUUACGGCAUGGGCCUCUGCGCCCUCUUCAUUGUUUCUACAGUAUUUCACAUUGUGUCAUGGAAAAAGAGCCACCUAAGAACAGUGGAGCACUGCUUGCACAUGUGUGACAGAAUGGUCAUCUGUUUCUUCAUUGCUGCUUCUUAUGCUCCAUGGUUAAACCUGCGGGAACUCGGACCACUGGCAUCUCACAUGCGUUGGUUUAUCUGGCUCAUGGCAGCUGGAGGAACAAUUUAUGUAUUCCUCUACCACAAAAAGUACAAGUUGGUUGAAUUCUUUUUCUAUCUCAUAAUGGGAUUUUCUCCAGCCUUGGUGGUGACAUCAAUGACUAACACCGAUGGACUUCACGAACUUGCCUGUGGGGGCUUAAUUUAUUGCUUGGGAGUUGUGUUCUUCAAGAACGAUGGCAUCAUUCCAUUUGCCCAUGCCAUCUGGCACCUGUUUGUGGCCACAGCAGCUGCGGUGCAUUAUUACGCAAUUUGGAAAUACCUUUACCGAAGUCCUACAGACUUUAUGCGACACUUAUGACCAGUGUGUAGUAGGUCUCCAAGCCAGUGUUAACUCAGUGAUGGCACUUGGGAUUGGGUGAGCGCUGAAAAUUGCACAGGGAGAGGAGAAACAAGAUAACUGCACUGACUUUAAGUAUUUUGAAUAUAAUUACUGUGAAAAGUAUAUAGAAGCUGUGAUCUGGAAUCUUCCCCCUCACGGCAAACAGUAGUGAAUUAAUCCCCCAUUCCAUUCCACUAUCACGGAGAACUCUGAACAGACUUGGCCAACUGAUGUUUACAAACCUGAAUUUUGUAUUUUAACUUUACAGAUUUUUCUACAUGGUUUUUCUAAAUUACUAGGUCAGGUUGUCAAAGUCAGUGCAAUACCCAAUGUUUCCUUUUUAAGAAAAAAACAGUUUCUCUCUAUCAGUUUCCCAUUUGCUGCACAAAGAAUCAUGGGUGGAACUGACACUACUUUUACCAUGUUUCAUCUUGGAAUAACAUGGUUCUUUUUUAAAUAGAAACUUUUAGUUUUUUGUAAAUUUUUAAAAGCUGUUUCAUUGAAGCGCAUCUUUGCGGUUUCUCAUUCAUGUUGUAAAUUUUUGCAGCAGUCAACAUUCCACAAACAAACAAACAUUAUACCUCUUUGGAUACUUUCAUUAAGUGUGGAGAAAUUGCCAAUUUUACAAACUGCAGUUUUCCACACUUUUCUGCCAACCUCUGACUCUGAAUUCAGUGCUGCUUUGGACCACACACUUGACCUAGAGUUUGGUUUACCAGUGAUGAAAAAGUAUUUUGAUAUUGUUAACUUUUUCAAAAGAUCCAGCUUUUCUCAAUGCCUUUGCUGUGUUGUCUUCAGGGUCUCUUACAAGAAGUGGAUGCUCUUUAUAUUAUGGUAGUGUUGUUGAGUUGGCCGUUGGCUGACAGCUCUUGACGAGCAUUAUGUGUUAACACUGAAUGGCUGCUUUGUGGGUUUGGUGCCCAACAGUCAGGCCAUUGUCAUGUAGCUUUACAUGCAUAGUUUGAUACUCAUUUUAAAUUGUAGAACUAGAUGAUAAGUUGACAUUUCUGCUUUUCCAUUGCACCUCCUAAUAGAAUGUGUUUUUUUAAUAGAAAAAUAUUUAAAACAUUGUGUGGUUAGUAGAAAUGUGUGUGUAUAUAGUCCACGAGUUAUAUCCUGCCUCAGUGGAGUGGUAUUUAUAUAUUCUUUUGGGUUUUCCCAAAGUGUCUUAGAUUA